AUGGCAGGAGGAAGGGAAUCUGGAAGCGGCGGUGACGGAGAUGGAAGGCCUCCGAGGGGCCGGUCACCUUCUCAGUCCGACGACGGCAACGUCAAUCCGACCCCGUCGACGCCUGAUUCGCCGACGUCUGUAGGGUUUAACACAGAUCAGCUGCCCCUCAACACGAGCCAGAAUUACUCGGAGGAGGAAGAGUUAGGAGAAGAUGAAGAUAUUGAGGAGGCUGAGGUUGAUCCAGAAAUCAUCAGAGACGAGCCGGAGAUUGAAGAGGAGCCGGAGGAGGGCGAGGAUCUCUUCAACGAAAACUUCAUGGACGAUUAUCGGGGGAUGGAAGGGCAAGACCAAUACGAAGCGCUUGGGCUGGAUGACUCGUUGGAGGAUGAUAGGGAUUUGGAUCAGAUUAUGAGAGACCGGCUCGCCGCCGAGAAGGAACUCGAUGCCAGAGAUACUCGAUUCGGCGUCUCUUCCCAGCGCAAGCUCCCCGAGCUUCUCCACGAUCAGGAUACCGAUGAUGACAACUAUAGGCCCUCAAAGCGAACACGAGCUGAUUUUAGACCUCCAACUAAUCCAAGAAACCUUGAUGAUAUUGAUGCCAUGCAAAGUUCACCUGGUAGAUCACAUGGACACUCACGGGAAGAUGUGCCCAUGACCGAUGCAACUGAUGAUGAUCCAUUUGAGGAUGAUGACAACGAUGAGGGUGAGUUUGAAAUGUAUCGGGUUCAGGGAACUUUAAGAGAAUGGGUUACUAGAGAUGAAGUACGCCGUUUCAUCGCUAAGAAAUUUAGGGAUUUCUUGCUCACCUAUGUUAAUCCAAAGAAUGAAAGUGGGGACUGUGAGUAUCUGCGGCAGAUCAAUGAGAUGGUAUCAGUGAACAAGUGCAGCCUUGAGAUUGAUUACAAACAGUUCAUCUACAUCCACCCAAACAUUGCAAUCUGGCUAGCAGAUGCACCGCAUUCGGUCCUUGAAGUCAUGGAAGAAGUAGCUAACAAAAUUGUUUUCCACUUGCAUCCAAACUACAAGCAAAUCCAUCAAACAAUUUAUGUUCGCGUAACAAACUUACCGGUCUAUGAUCAGAUACGCAACAUAAGACAAAUACAUUUGAACACCAUGAUUCGUAUUGGGGGAGUUGUGACCAGGCGCUCUGGAGUCUUUCCCCAAUUGCAGCAAGUUAAGUAUGACUGCAACAAAUGCGGAUCAAUUUUAGGACCAUUUUUCCAGAAUUCAUAUUCUGAGGUCAAGGUUGGUUCAUGCCCCGAGUGCCAAUCAAAAGGACCUUUCACAGUAAACAUUGAGCAGACAAUAUACAGGAACUACCAGAAACUGACCUUGCAAGAGAGCCCAGGAAUUGUACCAGCUGGACGACUUCCAAGAUAUAAGGAAGUAAUACUAUUGAAUGAUCUGAUCGAUUGUGCCCGUCCUGGCGAAGAGAUUGAAGUAACCGGCGUUUACACAAACAAUUUUGACUUGUCUCUCAACACAAAGAAUGGAUUCCCUGUUUUUGCCACUGUCAUUGAAGCAAAUUAUGUCACGAAGAAGCAAGACCUCUUUUCAGCUUACAAACUCACACAGGAAGACAAGGAAGAAAUUGAGAAGCUGGCCAAGGACCCAAGGAUUGGCGAACGAAUCAUCAAAUCUAUCGCUCCCUCAAUUUACGGUCACGAAGACAUAAAGACUGCAAUUGCUUUAGCUAUGUUUGGAGGCCAAGAGAAAAAUGUAGAAGGGAAACAUCGACUAAGGGGUGACAUCAAUGUUCUACUGUUAGGUGAUCCGGGCACGGCCAAGUCCCAGUUUCUCAAGUAUGUUGAAAAGACUGGUCAACGAGCUGUCUACACAACUGGAAAAGGAGCUUCCGCUGUAGGGCUUACAGCAGCGGUGCACAAGGACCCUGUGACGCGAGAAUGGACACUGGAAGGAGGGGCUCUUGUGCUUGCUGAUAGAGGAAUAUGCCUUAUAGAUGAAUUUGAUAAGAUGAAUGAUCAGGACAGGGUGAGUAUUCACGAAGCCAUGGAACAGCAAAGCAUCAGCAUAUCAAAAGCUGGGAUUGUCACAUCUCUUCAGGCCCGUUGUUCAGUUAUUGCUGCUGCCAAUCCUAUCGGUGGAAGGUAUGAUUCAUCAAAGACCUUUUCGCAAAAUGUGGAAUUGACAGAUCCUAUAGUUUCUCGUUUUGAUGUUCUCUGUGUUGUCAAGGAUGUGGUUGAUCCGGUAACUGAUGAGAUGCUAGCAAAGUUUGUGGUUGAUAGUCAUUUUAAAUCACAAGCAAAAGGCGUCACUUUAGAUGACAGAUCGACUAUGAAUUCACAAGAUGAUGUUCAAGCAUCAGUGCUACCUACUGAUCCAGAGGUGAUUCCACAAGAGUUGCUAAAGAAGUACAUUACCUAUGCCAAACUGAAUAUAUUUCCAAGGUUGCACGAUGCAGACUUAGAAAAGCUGACUCAAGUAUAUGCUGAAUUGCGCCGAGAAUCCUCUCAUGGGCAAGGAGUCCCAAUUGCUGUGAGGCACAUAGAAUCAAUGAUAAGGAUGUCUGAAGCACAUGCCCGGAUGCACCUGAGACAGCAUGUCAUUCAAGAAGACGUGGACAUGGCAAUUCGUGUGCUAUUGGACUCUUUCAUAUCGACACAGAAGUUUGGAGUUCAGAAAGCUUUGCAAAAGAGCUUCAAGAAGUAUAUGACCUUCAAGAAGGAUUUUAAUGCCGUCAUUUUACAUCUUCUACGUGGACUUGUAAAUGGUGCACGGGAUCUAGAAUUAGCAUCUGGCGCAUCAAACCUUACGCACAUUGAUGUGAAAGUGGAAGAGCUUCAAACCAGGGCACUUGACUAUGGGAUUGGAGACCUAAAACCAUUCUUCAAUAGUCCUGAAUUUCGCCAAGCAAGCUUCGAAUUGGAUGAGAGCCGCGGUGUGAUUAGACACAGACUUUGA